UCUCUCCCGGGCGUGAGCGCUCAGGCGCCUGUCCUUCGGCCUGGUUAACCCGGACACAGAGGAGACGGCCACGAAGAGACGAGGCAGUGAGGAACCGAGAGCGCGCGCGGCGCCUCCCGCCCCGGCACCAUGGCUGGGCUCAUCAAAAAGCAGAUCCUGAAGCACCUCUCCAGAUUUACCAAAAAUUUAUCUCCUGACAAGAUAAACCUAAGCACCCUUAAAGGUGAAGGUGAACUGAAGAAUUUGGAGUUGGAUGAAGAGGUGCUCCAGAAUAUGUUGGAUUUGCCUACAUGGCUUGCUAUCAACAAAGUUUGUUGUAAUAAAGCAUCUAUUAGGAUCCCAUGGACAAAACUGAAAACACAUCCCAUCUGUUUGACCCUGGAUAAAGUAAUAAUGGAAAUGAGUACAUGUGAAGAACCACGAAAUCCUAAUGGCCCAUCACCAAUUGCAACUGCUUCAGGACAGAGUGAAUACAGCUUUGCUGAAAAAGUAGUUGAGGGAAUCACUGUUUCUGUAAAUUCCAUUGUCAUCCGCAUUGGAGCAAAAGCUUUCAAUGCAUCCUUUGAACUUUCCCAGCUACGGAUCUAUAGCGUGAAUGCAAACUGGGAGCAUGGAGAUUUAAGAUUUACUCGUAUUCAAGACCCACAGAGAGGAGAGGUUUUGACAUUUAAAGAAAUAAAUUGGCAGAUGAUUCGAAUAGAGGCAGAUGCUACCCAAAGUUCACAUCUUGAAAUUAUGUGUGCUCCUGUUCGAUUAAUAACCAACCAAUCAAAAAUCAGAGUCACACUUAAAAGAAGGUUAAAGGACUGCAAUGUCAUUGCAACAAAGUUAGUUCUAAUAUUGGAUGACUUAUUAUGGGUUUUAACAGAUUCUCAGUUGAAGGCUAUGGUACAAUAUGCAAAAUCUCUUAGUGAAGCAAUAGAAAAAUCAACCGAACAAAGGAAGAGUAUGGCUUCUGAACCUACACAGAGCUCUGCAGCAGCCCCAUCUAUGCAGCAAGUGAAGACAUCACAUACUUCAAAUGCUCCUGAUCUAAAUGAUGCAAUUGUGAAACUAUUCAAUGACUUUGAUGUCAAAGAAACCUCCCAUCAUUUAGUGAUUUCUCAUCUAGAUCUACACAUAUGUGAUGAUAUUCAUGCUAAAGAAAAAGAGUCAAAUAGACGUAUUACUGGAGGGGCUAUGCAACUGUCUUUUACAAAACUGACUAUAGAUUAUUAUCCUUAUCACAAAGCAGGAGAUAGUUGUAAUCAUUGGAUGUAUUUUAGUGAUGCAACCAAGACAAAAAAUGGAUGGGCCAGUGAGCUGUUACAUGAAUUUGAGUGCAAUGUUGAAAUGCUUAAACAGGCUAUAAAGGAUCAUAAUGCAGGUUCACCUCCUAAAUCCCCAACACAUGCCUCUCCCCAGCACGCACAGACAGAGAAGGACUCAGCUCUGAAAGGGACUUCCAGAACACCUUCAGUAUUAUCUAAACAGUCCAAAGCUAAGUUAAUGUCUAGUUCUGUUGUGGUCAGACUUGCCGAUUUCAAUAUAUACCAGGUCUCUACAGCAGAACAAUAUCGUUCUUCCCCCAAAAGUAUGAUUUCUUGCAAUAAAAAAUCCCUGUAUCUUCCUCAAGAAAUGUCAGCUGUCUAUAUAGAAUUCACAGAAUAUUACUAUCCAGAUGGAAAGGAUUUUCCAAUUCCAUCUCCCAACCUUUAUAGCCAGCUGAAUGCACUACAGUUUACUGUGGAUGAAAGAAGUAUUCUGUGGUUAAAUCAAUUUCUGUUGGAUUUAAAACAGAGCCUUAGUCAAUUUAUGACUAUAUACAAGUUGAAUGACAAUUCAAAAUCUGAUGAGCAUGUUGAUAUUCGAGUUGAUGGCUUAAUGCUAAAGGUUGUUAUUCCUUCUGAAACGAAAUCUGAAUGUCAUCAGGAUCAACCACAUGCAAUUUCUAUUCAGAGUUCUGAAAUGAUUGCCACGAAUACAAGGCACUGUCCAAACUGUCGACAUUCUGAUCUAGAAGCCUUGUUUCAAGACUUUAAAGAUUGUGACUUUUUCAGUAAAAAUUAUACCAGCUUCCCCAAGUCAGGUGACAGUUUUAAUCUCCUGCAUCCAAUCUUCCAGAGACAUGCUCAUGAACAGGAUACCAAAAUGCACGAAGUUUAUAAGGGAAAUAUUACUCCCAAGUUGAAUAAACACACUCUUAAAACUUCUGCUGCCACAGAUGUGUGGGCUGUGUACUUUUCUCAAUUUUGGAUAGAUUAUGAAGGGAUGAAAAGUGGAAAAGGGCGACCAAUAAGUUUUGUAGACUCUUUCCCUCUUUCCAUCUGGAUUUGUCAACCAACAAGGUACGCACUGUCUCAGAAAGAGGUGCAGACUCGUAAUCAACCUCUAAAUACAUCACAAAGUGAAUCUAGUGAUCUGGCUGGCCGACUGAAGCGGAAAAAGCUCUUGAAGGAGUAUUACAGUACAGAGUCUGAGCCCUGGACAAAUGGUAGCCAGAAAUCUUCAGAUACAGUUUUAAGAUUUUCCUCUUCAUCAUCAGAUGCAGAUAUUCACGUCCUGGUUCAUGUUCAUAAACACGUCAGUAUGCAGAUCAAUCACUACCAGUAUCUAUUCCUGCUUUUCCUCCAUGAAUCACUUAUUGUGCUUUCAGAGAACUUAAGGGACGAUGUAGAAGCUGUGACUGGCAGUCCUGCUAGUCAGACAUCCAUUUGCAUUGGAAUUUUACUUAAAAGUGCAGAAGUGGCUCUUUUACUACAUCCGGUGGAUCAAACAAAUACUCUUAAGUCUCCUGUUUCUGAAAGUGUGAACCCAGUGGUUCCCGAUUAUUUGCCUACAGAAAAUAGAGAACUCUUGUCUUCAAAAAGGAAAGAAGUUAGUAAUGGUAUAAGUCAAAUUAGAAGUGUAACUGUUAAUCAUAUGUCAGAUAACAGAUCUAUGAGUGUUGACCUUAGCCAUGCCUCUUUGAAGGAUCCUUUGCUUUUUAAAUCAGCUAGUGAUACAAAUCUGCAAAAAGGUAUUUCUUUUCUGGAUUAUUUAUCAGAUAAAAAUUUAGAGAAAAUAAGUGAAGAUGAAAGCAGUGGAAUUCUUUGCAAAAGUGGCUCAGGGGAAAUUGGAUUAGAAACAAGGAACAAAAAGGAUUUAUCAUAUACAGAUUCAAAUAGUGUCUUAAACUACAGAGAACGUUCACGUAUGCUAUCAUUUGAUGAUGGUAAUCAAAACAUGCUUUCAAAUAGUUUAACUUGUAAAGGAAAUGAAACCAUAGAAUCAAUCUUUAAAGCUGAAGAUUUGCUUCCAGAAACAGCUUCACUCUCUGAGAACCUGGAAUGUGGUAAAGAAGAAGCACCCACAGUUAGAACACUUAAAUCACAGUCAUCUUUAAGUGGGAAACCUAAGGAACGGUGCCCACCAAACCUGGCUCCACUCUGUACUUCUGAUAAGAACAUGAAAAGAAGCUCCUCACAAACAUCAUUGGAUACCAUUUCACUGGACAGCAUGAUACUGGAAGAACAGCUGUUAGAAAGUGAUGGAAGUGAUAGUUUUCUAGAGAAAGGUAUUAAAAAGAAUUCGAGUACAAAUUAUCAGAGCCCAGCAGAUAGUGCAAAUGCUAGUGCAAAUCUACAGAAUUGUGGUGAAACCUCUCCAGAUGCCAUCAGUACGAAUUCAGAGGGUGCUCAAGAAAACCAUAGUGAUCUGAUGUCAGUCGUGAUGUUUAAAAUUAUUGGUGUUAAUGGGAAAAUUGACAUCCGAGGGAAAGAUACAGAAGUCUGUCUUCAAGUGGACCAAGUGACACCGGAUCAGUUAGGCAAUAUCAGUCUUCGGCAUUACCUUAGCAGUCGUUCAGUAGGCUCUGAUCAUAAAGCUGUUGUUCAUGCCAGAUCCUCUCCUGAGAUUUCGCUGAGGUUUGAAAGUGGGCCUGGUGCUGUCAUACACUCUUUGCUUGCAGAAAAAAAUGGAUUUCUGCAAUGCCAUAUAGAAAACUUUAGCACUGAAUUUCUUACAUCUUCUCUGACGAAUAUUCAACAUUUUUUGGAAGAUGAUACUGUUGCAACAGUGAUGCCAAUGAAGAUACAAGUUUCUAACACAAAAAUAAAUUUAAAGGAUGACAGUCCUCGGAGUAGUACAGUAUCCCUUGAACCCGCUCCUGUAACCAUUCACAUUGAUCAUCUUGUGGUAGAGAGAAAUGACGAUGGCUCUUUUCAUAUCAGAGAUUCUCAGAUGUUUAACACUGGAAAUCAUCUGAAAGGAAAUGUCACAAGUGAAUCAGUGCUGCUUCCCAGUGGAAAGUAUGAUCUGAAGAAACAGCACAGUGUCACUCAAGCCACUCAGACAAGUCCCAAGGUUCCUUGGCCUUCUCAGUCAGUUCCCUUUCCUGAGUGCUCCUUUGACGUCACUAGGGAACAGGUACUGGGGAAAAUGAAUUCAUUCUCAUUCCAUUUCAGCAAUUAAAAUAAAUGUUAGAUACUAAAUAAUUUAAAUUAUUUACUUAUUUAAGUAAUGUUUUUCGAGUGCCUCUUAUGAACCCCCACACUGUGUUAGAUGCUGUGGACAUAGUGUUGAGCAAGAUGGGGGCAGGCUCAGCCUUCAGAGAGGUUGCAGUCUAAUGGGAAGUAGAGGAGUAAGUGGGAGAGUGCUGGCUUCUCGAAUCCAGGAGCACUUCCUGGAGGACAUACUCAUUUUGAUGUCUUAUUUUUAAGUUGCAAAAGUAUUGUAAUAUUUCAGAAAUAUGUUUAAAACAACUUUAAUACAUUCUAACCUUCUGCAGUGCUAUUAGUACUACUUUAUUUUCCUCUCAGGCUCUUUUCCAUGAUUUUCCUAAACAGUUGUUAUUCUGAUGUAUAUACUUUAUUUUUUAAAUUA